AUGAGUGAUGAAGAAGUGCUGAAUGCGACAUUGAUUUUGAUAGAUAAUCUUUUGCGCCGUAAGAAUAGUUCCCUGGCAAAUUUUGAAACAAUGCCAAAACCGGUUGUUACUGAGCACACUUUUCAAGAUAAUCAGCUAUUGCAAGAUGAGUUGAACUAUGACCGAGACGAAUUGCGAGCUAAUCACAAUGACUGGAUGGGUAAGUUGACAGAUGAGCAAAGGUCAGUGUAUGAGCAGAUAAUUGGUGCUGUAGAGAGUAAGAAAGGUGGAGUCUUCUUUGUUUAUGGUUUUGGUGGUACAGGGAAAACAUUUUUAUGGAAUAUUCUAUCAGCUGCGAUCCGAUCAACUGGUGAUAUUGUACUGAAUGUUGCAUCUAGCGGCAUAGCUUCUUUGUUACUCCCUGGUGGAAGAACAGCUCACUCAAGGUUUGGCAUUCCCAUUAACCCAGACGAGUUCUCUACGUGCAAUAUUGAACCAGGGAGUGAUAAGGCUGAAGUAAUAGCUAAAGCGUCGCUAAUUAUUUGGGAUGAAGCACCUAUGAUGAGCAAACAUUGUUUUGAAGCUCUUGAUCGUACUUUAUGUGAUAUUAUGAAGACCACAGACGAAAGACCUUUUGGUGGAAAAGUUGUUGUUUUUGGAGGAGAUUUUCGACAAAUUCUUCCAGUUAUUCCUAAGGGGAACAGAGCUGAUAUUGUUAUGGCUACAAUGAACUCUUCUUAUUUAUGGAAGCAUUGUAAAGUGCUAGAGCUGACCAAAAACAUGAGGCUUUUCUCAGAAACAGACGUGCGUGAAGCAGAGGAUAUCAUGGAAUUUUCUAAAUGGAUUCUAGAUUUAGGAGAUGGAAAGAUUAAUGAGCCUAAUAAUGGAGAAUGCAUUAUUGAAAUUCCAAAAGAUCUGUUGAUUACGAAGUCCAAAGAUCCGAUCAAGUCUAUUGUUUCAGAGGUGUAUGGUGAAACCUUCAUAGAUUCUAAAGAUCCUACAUUUUUCCAAGAAAGAGCUAUUUUGUGUCCUACAAACGAAAAUGUUGAUGUAGUCAACAACUAUAUGUUAGAUCGUCUUACAGGUAUACACAUUCCCAUCUAUGAAUUUUCCACUAUCUAUGUAUACUUAGUUGUUUUAAUUUAA